GUGGUGUUGGCGGGCAGUAGGACCGCGACGCAGCCGCCUCCAUUUCCCGGCCAGGCAGGCCGCCUCCUCCUCUCCGCCUCGGGAAAGCCGCGCCGUGUCCGUGUCCCGCGCCCCCCCAGCAUGGAGUACGAGUGGAAGCCGGACGAGCAGGGCCUCCAGCAGAUCCUGCAGCUGCUGAAAGAGUCGCAGUCUCCGGACACGUCCACCCAGAGAGCCGUGCAACAAAAAUUGGAACAGCUCAAUCAGUUUCCAGACUUCAACAAUUAUCUAAUUUUUGUUCUUACAAAAUUAAAAUCCGAAGGUAAGUGCCUUUUCCUUUUUAUCAAUGUUUAUGGAUUAUUAAAGGGUAACUCCACU